AUGGGUUCUCUCACCACUCUCGCAUCAGGCCUUGAGCCGCUUUGCCGCAUUAUUACACCUGUUGGGAUGCUGGGUUAUGGCUUCGAUGAAUCUGAUAUUAAGGAUGCUUUAGAAUACUCAUUGAUCAGUAAAACACCCACUGCAAUCAUUUUGGACUCUGGUUCUACGGAUUCAGGGCCUAUGAAGUUGGCAUUAGGAACAAUGACCUGCCCUCGCGCAUCCUAUGAAAGGGAUUUACGGAAACUUGUCACUAUAGUAACCAAAUACCGUCUUCCGGUAAUUAUUGGAUCAGCAGGAGGAGAUGGAAGCAAUGGUCAUGUCAGGGAGCUUGUGGACAUUAUCAAAGAGAUUAUGGCAUCUUCAAGCAACAAUGCUGCUCAGCUGAAAGUGUUGGCAAUCUAUAGCGAAAUUGACGGCACUACCGUAUUGGAGCGACUGCGAAUGGGAAACAUCUCUGGCUGUGGCCCAUACUUUGACAUCAUUGUUGGCGGCCGUUCCUACGAUCCAGCGCCAUACGUUGCCUUUAGCGCCUACCAUGCCUUUAACCAAUCGUAUCGUCCCGUCCUUUCCCUUGACAGCCAUAUUUUGGGAGGGUUCACACAUAUGGGCAAGAUUAUGGAAUGCGGCGGCUUAUGUGCUACACCUAAGAGCCCCUCCUCCCAGGCAAUGAUCUACAGAGACGGCACAUUUGACGUGGGACCGCUUCUCCCCGGAGCUGUAUGUACUCCCGCCAGCGUCGCUGCCCAUACACUAUACGAGAAAUCUCGCCCUGACCAGCUUCAUGGUCCUGGAGGAUAUAUUGAUCUUUCUUCCUCCACCUAUUCGCUGCUGUCAGAUAACUGCUCGGUCAGGGUCAGUGGGACUACGUUUCACUCUUCAAAGGGAAGCGGUAGUUGCUACACAGUCAAAUUAGAAGGUGCUAAAGUCAUCGGUUAUCGGACUAUAUUCAUUGGAUCCUUUGUAGAUCCGAUUUUGAUUUCUCAGCUACACUCUCUUUUGGAGAGGGUAAAAGCAUACGUGGCUCAGCAGCACGCACAUAUCGCAGAGAAAUGGGAGCUUGGAUUCCAUAUAUACGGAUAUGAUGAGGCUAACAAGGCAGUCCAUGCGAAAAACGUGUUUGUGGUUGCUGAAGCGCUCGCUGAGACACAAGUAACAGCUACGAGCGUUGCUUCCAGUGCUAGAGUUGGGUGUGUCCACGGACCAUAUCAAGGUCAAAAAGCCACGAGCGGCAAUUUUGGCUUUGGGUUGGGGGGAAAGGGAGAAAUUGAGACAGGCCUCUGUGCUGAGUUUUCGAUCUAUCAUUUGAUGAACCUAGAAGAUGGGGAAGAAGACGCCACCGAGAUUCUUCACGUGAAUCAAAGCAAACAGAAGAAGCUAUUCUCUUUUGAGGCUCUACUUAUCGGAGCUGGAGAACGAGUACAACGUAGGCAUCCAGAUGUUGACACAAUCGAUCGACUGGAGGAUGUACAUUUGUGCCCAACACCAGCCAAUGUAGUACCCGAGAUCGUGCACCCUAUUACCCCGAUGCCUCAAACCGUCGGUGAGGCAGCAAAGGUUAUUAGGUCAAAAAAUGCGGGCCCAUACGAAAUCACCUUCGACAUCAUCUUUAACAGCAAAGACACCUAUGACCGAGUCAAGAAUUCUGGCCUUCUUCGACCCCAACUAAUUGCAGAGCUGUACGAUCUCUCUCUUGAUAACAUUGUGUAUUGCGGUUUCUUCGACCAGGCUCUGGCUUUCAAGGCUACUAUUCCUCGUAUGCGCAAUGGACGGCCUGCAGCAUCUGGUGGCUUCAUGGAAGAUGAUGUUCACGGAUCGCAGAAAUAUUUACCUCUGAUGAAUUUGAAAUUGGGCGGUAAAUGA